GUAAUUUGGAAGACUCUAUGCCAUGUAGACCAGGCAUACUUUUAUCCAUGGCUCUUGUUACCACAGCGGCCGCCGUAGCAGGUACGACUGCAUUAGCCCACUAUCUCGAUGGGCGAUUCCAUCUCUUGAAAGACCUCAAGGUGUUGCACAAGCAGCGACUGGGCGUGAAGUUGUUCCAAAAAGUUGCCAAGGAAGACAGAAUCUCUCUGUGGUAUCAGUUUUCCGGCCGCGUCAAUGAAUGGCCAAAUGCUACAUGUCUCUGGUCUCGCGAUGGCAUCUAUACAUGGCAAGAAACCUUCGACGCGGCAUGCCGUUACGCCCAACAUCUGAUAUCUGUGGGUGUCCAACGAGGCCAGCUCGUUGCGGUCUAUCUGACCAAUCGUCCUGAGUUUAUGAUUAUCUGGCUUGCACUAUUCAGCAUAGGAUGUGCACCAGCCAUGAUAAAUUAUAACUUGACCGGGGAUGCGUUGGUGCAUUGCCUGCAAGUGAGUGGAGCACACACUAUGAUCGCUGAUGACGAUGAGGCGUGCCAACAGCGUAUCAAUGAGACAAGAGACCGCAUUCAAGGACAACUGAAGAUGCAAAUAAUUAUCCUGGAUGAAGCAAAGCGACGGGAGGUCUCAUCUCUACCCGCGAAGGAGCCGGAGAAAUCGUAUAGGCACGGCACAAAGGGGAGCGACCCAAUGGGUCUAUUCUAUACGAGUGGUACAACCGGCUUUCCCAAAGGCUGCUCGUAUACUCUCAAACGAACGUGGCUCUAUAUCCCAGCCAGGGCCAACAGGAUGGAUCAAAAGCCCGGGCCCAAUGGCGACAGGUGGUACAUCUGCAUGCCAUCGUAUCAUGCGACCGGUGGAGCGGGCGCCCUAGGAUGCCUGCUAUCAGGUGUCUCGAUGGCAAUCGGACGGAGAUUCUCCGUCUCAAACUUUUGGAAAGACAUCCACGAUUCAGACUCCACCCUCUUCAUAUACGUUGGCGAGACCGCGCGUUACCUCCUUGCCGCACCACCGGGGCCCUACGAUACCACACACAGGGUAAGAGGAAUGUACGGUAACGGCCUACGACCAGAGGUCUGGACCCGUUUUCAAGAGCGUUUCAAUGUCCCUGAGGUAGGCGAGUUCUUCAGCUCGUCCGAAGGCCUCUUCAACGUCGUGAACUGGGUCCGUGACCCGCAUGGCUACUUGGUCGGAUCUGUCGGCCAUCACGGUGUCAUCUCCCGUAAUCGCUACCACAACACAUAUGUCCCCGUCGCCGUCAAUCACGAAACGGGCGACAUGUAUCGCGAUCCCAAGACCGGUUUCGCCAAGCGGAAUUCAUACAAUGAAGGUGGCGAAAUCCUUGUCAAACUCAAGAGCGAAGCCGACUUUCAGGGAUACUGGAACGCACCCGAAGCAACCGAGAAGAAAUAUGUCCGCAACGUCUUCCAGAAAGGCGAUUUGUACUACCGCACCGGUGACGCUCUCCGACGCCUCGAUGAUGGCCGUUGGUUCUUCAUGGACCGACUGGGCGAUACCUUCCGCUGGAAGUCCGAAAACGUCUCCACGGCCGAGGUCUCCGAAGUCCUCGGUCGGUAUCCUGGCGUCGUCGAGGCAAACGUCUAUGGGGUGUUAGUUCCGAACCACGAUGGCCGAGCUGGCUGCGCUGCCAUCCUUAUCGAGGAAGGACACUCAUCCAGCUUCAAUUUCAACGGCCUCCUGGCACAUGCGAGGAAGCAUCUGCCCCGAUACGCCGUCCCAAUCUUCAUUCGUGUGAUCGAGUCUAGUGUUAUCAGUCAUAAUAAUAAACAGAACAAGACUCCACUGAGGGAGGAGGGUGUUGACCCCGAUAUGUUGGGGAAGAAGGUCACAGGCAGUGGUGAGAGAGAUCGAUUGCUUUGGGUUCGACAAGGAGGAGAAGGUUACGUGGACUUUGGGCGGAAUGAGUGGGAGGCAUUGCAGAAGGGGCAUGCUCGGCUUUAACUUCAGUAGAAGAACCAGAGGAUAAGUACGACCCGCAGCACCAAAAAAAGGUACGCGACAAAAAAUAGUGACCUUUGUGAGGUUCGAACCCCAUGAAGGACAAAAACUUUUUCCAUCAAACAGAUGUUGGAAUCUGGUUGAUGGGAAGUGAAACCCCCUUAAGGGAGGUUCUUUCCGGGGACUAAUAACUAUGGACUUUUUUUUUUGCUUAUCCCCUUAUUGAGAUGGCUAGGGAGCUCGGCCACCCGCAAUCGUCCUCAAAUCUAGGCCUUUUGCGUUUGAUUCUCGGAUUGUUGGGAGUAUAUGUGCGGCUGUAAAACAUGUUCUUGAUUUUCUCUUGGUUGACCUUGGUAC